ACCACUCAUCUCUCUCACAGUCUCAACCCUAAUAUUAUAUAGCUUUUUUUUUUUUUUAUAUAUAUUUACAAAAAACACCUUCUAGAAGAAGAAGCAGCCUUCUAUCUCUCUUAUACUUGCGUCCGACCUAAAGAUCCGAAUUUCAGACCCCGAUUUCUGACCUUUUUCCAGCCGUUGACCACCGUUGCCCGAGUCUGGCUGACCCGACUCGUUCACACACCGAUCCCGACUUCCGACCCGGCCGAGUUUUACAACCUUCACUUGGCCCGGUGCCAGGGCCGGCCCUGAUAAUAUAUAUUCAUAAUAAUAAUGGGUGGUUUUUUUAAGGAAUUUUUAAUGAAGAAAUAUCCAAGUUUCAAUAAUAAUAGUCAUGGUGAAUUUUAUAAUGGUUUCAACUCUUCCUCCGCUGCUUAUUUUGCCGCCGCCGCCGCCGCCGCCCCUUUUGCUUCCAGGCCUUUAUUGGGUAUUGGUGGAAGAGUUGCUUAUUGCGAUGCUGGUGUUACCCCUCCGACUGAAGAUUACCUGUCUAGUCUAAAGACUGCAUCUGAAACUGUUUCUCGGCAUGAUGAUACCCUGAAAUACAUGACCAAAGAAUAUAGUGUUGACAUGAAGCCAUUGUUCUCAGCCUUCCAGCCGAGAUCAUUUGCGAUGACAACAGUGAGAUCUUUCUUAUUGUUUUAUUUGCCUCUUAUGGCACCUAAGCAAGACGAUGACAAUGACUUCGAUGAGCACCCUGUGGACUGGAUGGUACCUUUCAAGAAUUCAGUAACACAAAUCUUUCGUGAAACUAGUACAACUACUAUUAGACGUGUACUGGAACGAUUUGCUGUUCACCAUUGUUCACAGCGUGUUGCAUGCAAGCUUCUUAAAGAUAUUCCGAAGUCUUGCAUUCGAAAAGCUAACAGGGGGUUGCCUUUUCAUACUUACUUCUUUUGUGUCUCCAGAACAACAUUUAGAGGUCAACUUUUAGGAGUUGCAGCGUCGUGGCUUGUUCAAGUUGGAUUUGAAUGUUUCCGUUAUGUUUGUGACAUCUCAAAAUCCAAUGAUGAAUUGGAAAAUGUUGCUGAUCACUCAGAGCGAGCUAAAGUGCUUGGGAAGAAGGUGUAUGGUGUUACGGUUAGAUGUGGUUCAGCACUGAUUUUUGCUUCCAUUGGAGCUGGGAUUGGAGCAACCAUAUUCCGCCCAUCAUCUGGUCAAAUCUUUGGGUGUUUGGUUGGUGAUGUGGCUGGACCUAUCAUCGUCUCGGGCUGGUUGGCCCCACCUCUGGAGCAUUAGGGCGUGUUUGGUUCAAAGAUUUUAAGGAAAGUGAUGGGAAGGAAUUCGGAACUCCACAUACUUAAACAUAUCAAUGAACAUAAUUUCGAAUUCCUUUCCACCAAAUUCGGUGAACCAAACAGCUCCUUAACAGCUGAAAAUUUUGUUUUAAGGUUACAAAUUGUUUAUAACAAACAUUGUAGUCGUAACCCAUUGAUGAAAACAAUAGAGAGAUGCAUUGGUCGUUGCGUUUAUUAGCAUCAUGAUGUGCAACCAACUGUUACGAACAUUUUUACUUCAAUAAAAGACAUGCACUUUGAACAUCA